AUGGAGGAUGUUAUCGAAGACCCUAUGGACCACCGGGAAGAUAAUGGCCAUUUUAAAUUUCUCCUCAUCGGCUCCCGAUGAUUGCACAGGAGACGGGCUGGAUAUCCUAAGCGAGCAAUGUUCCGCCUUCAACAACCGCACCUUCGCUGGGAAGAGGUACACCUGGCAGCCGUUCCAACACCGGUUGUUUCACAUGCCACUCGGAAGAGCGUCAAUAAACACAACUGUCGCGUUCGUUCAACUGAAAGGGUUAGUCUGAUUACGAGUCAGUUUACCACGAAAUCGAAGCAGCAUGGAUCCAUUGAAAGGGGUAGUGUAAGCUCGGAGGGAACGUCGGAAGCAGAUAGUAUCUGA